CAAAUGCAUGUAUAGAUACGCUUUACGGCCGAAAUGACAAAGACAGUGAUCAUUUGCUUCCGUGAAUAGCAUGACGAUGAAUUCUACCCAAAUUCCUGUCCUUUUCUACGUAUUAACCAUUGCAACAGAAACCAAUUAAAUGAGUUGUUACUAUAAAUAUAGGUCAUUUGCUUUCCAUUUUCAUCACCAAAUUCAAGUUUUCAUCAUAGAUAACAAAACUUAGUAUUUCCCAAAUUGAGAAAAUGGCAGGCACUUUCUUUAACCAUCUUUUUACAGCUUUUCUCUUUGUCAUUUCAUUGGCUCAUUUUUGUGUCACCCCUUCCUCAGCUAGGUCUCUAGCAGGAACUACCAACACCGAAUUCAUCAGAUCCUCAUGCAGUUCCACCACUUAUCCUAGACUUUGCUACUCUUCUCUGGCUAAUCAGGCCACCGUAAUCCGAAACGACCCGAAUCUUCUGGCCAGCGCCGCUUUAUCUGUGAGUAUGAAUUCUGCGAGGUCAACCUCUUCCAUGAUGGUCAAACUAGCUCAGAGUCACGGGUUGACUCCCCGGGAAGUCGGAGCCAUGCAUGACUGCGUGGAGACGCUGAGCGACUCCGUUGACCUUCUCAGGAAAUCAAUGGGGGAGAUGGGUCAACUCAGGGGUUCAAAGGCUGAUUUUGGCCUCUUGAUGAGCGAUAUUCAGACAUGGGUUAGUGCUGCUUUGACCGACGACGAUACCUGCACGGAGGGUUUCGCCGGAAAAACCAUGAACGGCAACACUAAGCUUGCCGUCAGGCGAGAUAUUGUGAAUGUUGCACAUUUGACUAGCAAUGCCUUGGCCCUGAUUAAUGCCUAUUCUUCGCUCCACGGUUAGAAUAUGGGAGAGAUGCUUCAAUUAUAGAUCAUUUACGUGCCAAAGACCAAAAAUAUUCUAAAAUAAAUAUCUGGCACAGUUAGAUUAAUUCUAGAUGUGGACAGUGCUAUAUGUAUCGUGAUUCGAAUGUGGUCAAGUUAUGAACUGUGGCGGUUGUUUAGCUAGUAUUUUGUCUCGUACGUGAUUUUUUAAGUUUUGUUUAGGUGUUGAGGCAAUUAGGGAGGAGACUAUCAAACUCUUCCCAAAGUACGUAUGUAUAUCAAGUUUGUUGUUUGUGCUCUAUUUGGAUCAGAUGGUGUAUAUUAAUUGGAUAAGAUCUUUAGUAGUAUUAUUCUGUUCCUCACUACCCUUUUUUGUUUACCUACUCAAAGAAACAAUUUGACUUGAUGAUUAAUCACGGAAGUGAUUUCAGUCAAUGUGCUGAAAUUAAAUCAUUGUUUGAAUUAAAAUUUCAAAUUUAUCACCAUAGUUAGAACAGAAGGUACGUACGUAGCUGCAUCUCAUAGUCAUACUCAUUGUAUUCUCGGUCAAGUGAUGUACGAUAUAUAAUUGCAGAGCUUUGUACAAGAUCUGAUUCCUCAUUUUGUAAAUAAUCCGUCUCGUGUUGAACUUUUUCUAAAGCC